AUGGGUGGAAGGAGGAAGUUGUGCGAGAAGUUCGCUGUUGAAGACGAACAGCAAACUUAUGAAUACUUUGAAAACUUCGAGGAAUUCCCAAAAGCCAUCAAAAUACGCGUCGACAACGUUACCACUGAUGAAAGAAGUGAUGGUCCAAUAUCAAGAAAGGAUCAAAGAGAUUAUUAUGAAGAAAGGGAGUUAAGAAAGGAUUGUGAGAGAAUGAAAUGUUCAAGUUGA